AAAAUGUAUGGACCCCGUACUACUCUUCUAGUUGGAAGAUAGGACAUGUAGUAGUAGAUGAAGUUGUUUGUAUUGGUUGGGAGACUCUCAUGUUCAGGGGCAAAUAACGGUUUACAGAUUCAAAAGCAUAGACUUUCAUGCUCACUCUCACAUGUCUAACUGAUCAACACUCCCCCAAAAUCCUCACCCCCCGCCUAAAACCCGUCUUCUAAGUCUAUGGCUAUGUCCAAGCAUCUAACCCUCUCCUUCCUCUCGAUCCUCUUCUUGAUCUUAUGCGAUUUUUCUUAUGGCCGCUUCAUCACCCACCGUACGUACUUCUCUUUAUCUUCUGAUCUAGUUUCCGAUGGGGUCCUGCAGCUCAGUGGACCGCCCUGCCUCGCUCUCAACCGGUCCUCUUCCUUCUCUGCCGAGUCCACUUGCGAGCAGACCUACGGGUUCUUGCCGUGCACCACCACCAUCCUUGGAAAUAUCUUCCUCAUCGUCGUCUAUGGCUACCUCAUGUUCCUCUCCGCCACCUAUUUGUCCAAUGGCAGCGAGCUCUUGUUGGAGAUUCUUGGCCCCGGAGUUGUCGGCGGUUUGUUCCUUCCAAUCCUCGGCGCCCUUCCGGAUGCCAUGCUGAUUCUCGUAUCCGGUCUUUCAGGAAGCACAGCAACUGCUCAAAGUCAAGUUUCUGUUGGUAUGGGCUUGCUAGCUGGUUCAACUAUUAUGCUUCUUACAAUCAUAUGGGGAACAUGCGUUAUUGUUGGCAAGUGCGAUCUCGUUGAUUCAGUUGCACAAGAUGCAAAAGAUACAAAAGGGUUUAACUUGACUGAAUCGGGUGUUAGUACUGAUAUCUGGACUAGCUAUGCUGCAAGGGUUAUGGUUGUUUCUGUCAUCCCAUUUCUAAUCGUUCAAAUACCACAAGUUCUCAGUUCAACGUCGGGGAGGCACUUGGCAGUCUUGAUUGCACUUAUUGUCUCUCUCCUACUGUUGAUUUCCUAUUGUCUUUAUCAAGUUCUUCAACCUUGGAUCCAGAGGAGGAAAAUAGCUUAUGUGAUGCACAAGCGUGUUAUAUUAGGACUUCUAACGGAUCUAAGAAAACGGACGAUGGAUAGGCUGCUCAAGGAUAAUGGUGAACCUGAUGAGGAAGGCAUUAAAAAGUUGUUUUCUGUAGUAGACACAGAUUGCGAUAAAAAAAUUUCACAUAAUGAAUUGAGAGCAUUGAUUGUUGGAAUUCGGUUUGAAGAGAUUGACAUGAAUAAGGAUGAUGUUGUAGAUAAAUUAAUGAGAGAUUUUGAUACAUUGCAAGAUGAUCACAUUGACCAAACAGAGUUUGUCAAUUGCGUUUCUAAAUGGCUGAAGAGGGCAACGCGUAUACGGACUGCCUCUGGUGAUCCUGGUUCUCGCACGCCUAGGUUUUUAAAUGCCUCUGGUGAUCCUGGCUCUCGCACGCUUAGGUUUUUAGAUGCCUUUUACCAGGACACAUAUAGAGAGCAUGAUUUGUUGGAUGUGGGUGAUGAAAGCGAUGAAGAAAUUACGGAUGCUGGGGGUUCCAGGUGGACAUCUAUCAAAGCAGUGCUAUUGUUGUUGCUGGGAACUGUCAUUGCUGCCGCAUUUGCUGACCCCUUGGUAGAUGCUGUUGAUAACUUUUCUGAUGCCACCGGUAUUCCUGCUUUCUUCAUCUCCUUCAUCGUGCUGCCUUUGGCUACCAACUCUAGCGAAGCUGUGACAUCAAUAAUAUUUGCUCGUCGUAAAAAACGUCAAACUGCCUCAUUGACAUUUUCUGAGCUAUAUGGGGCAGCAACAAUGAAUAAUGUCCUCUGCCUCUCAGUGUUCUUAGCCCUUGUUUACAUUAGGGGAUUGACAUGGGAUUUCUCAUCUGAAGUGCUGGUUAUUAUUAUUGUCUGCGUUGUGGUGGGUUGCUUUGCCAGUGUCCGCACCCAUUUCCCUCUUUGGACAGCUCUUGUAGCUUUCCUACUUUACCCAUUCUCCCUUGUCCUGAUCUAUGUUCUUGACUAUGUUUUGGGUUGGUCAUAAAUUCAUGGAUCGCUGCACAAAAUUUUGAUUGGAGGAUAUACUCCAUUUCCUGUACUUAGAACGGAGGUUGUUUCUUUUUAAUAAGAUGUUAUUGAUUAUUUUGUAAUACAUUUAAGUGUCUUGGCUUAUAUGUAAACUUUUUUGAGAGCAGCCACAGUGUGUGUAAUUUUGUAGAUGCAUAACUAUAUUCCUUUCAAAGUCUGGUAUAUUUUCUAUUUAUUAUAUUU